GAGCUGCAGGAGCUGGUCUACUUAAGUCUACUGGGAGACAACAAGCUCUUCACUGUUCAUACAGUCCUGUGUCUGUCUGCUAGUCUGAGGCCAGGGCAAAGAAAGCCGCAGAGAAGGAGGCCAAAGCCAAGAAGCAGAAAGCCAACAAGGCGCCCAAAGCCCCAAAACCCACUAAAAAACCCAAAGCCACCAAGGCACCCAAGAAGCUCAAGGCCACCAAGGCACCUAAAGCCACCAAGGCACCUAAGGUCACAAAGCCCAAAGCCACCAAGGCCUCCAAGACAACAGCAUGGAAGGAGGAGGAGGUGAAGCCAGUGACCAGAAGCCCCAGUCUGGAAGAGGAGGAGGAGAAACUCCUGAUUGAGCUGGGCUGGGACAGACUAGACAGCAGACCCUCGGGACACACACCUCUCUCUGCUGGCUCCAAGACCCUGACAGAGCAUGGUCAAGAUUACUGGGACACCAAGCUAGACAGAGAGAGGACUACCACUGAGGUCAUCAUGUAUGUAUCAGUGGCAGCUAAACAACUCAAGGAGGAGGCAGAGAAAGCUCGCAAGGAAAAGGAGGAAAAAGUGAAGCGGCUGAGGAAGAAGUGGGAGGAGGGAGAGGAGGAGAGGCUGAGGAAGAUCCCAGUACAUGCCGAACCCAAGAAAUGCCCUCCUCUAGGUCUGGAGUCCCAUCGUGUUGACGAUGACCAGCUGCUGGCCUCUUCUCAGUCUCACCACGGCUUCUCUGCUCAGCGGGGCAGGCUCAACAUGCAGAGCUCUGGUAAUGAGGAGGGUGUGUACGGGGGUGCGUGGUGUGCUGAGCCAGAGGAGAAGAACCACUGGUUUGAGGUGGACGCUCGCAGAGAGGUGGAGUUCACUGGAGUCAUCGUACAGGGCAGGAACUCAGACACAGCGGAAGAUUUUGUGUCCACGUUCUACGUGUCCUUCAGUAAUGACAGUCGUGAUUGGACGGUGCUCCAUGAUGGCUAUGCUGAGUGGUUGUUCUAUGGGAAUGUGGAUAGGGACUCUCCAGUGAUGGUGCAGUUUGAUUGGCCAACCGUGGCACGUUACAUCCGUGUCCUUCCCCAGAGCUGGAACGGCAGCCUGUGUCUCAGAGUUGAGGUCAUGGCCUGCCAACUGACCAGUGAGUACAGUACAAUGCAUAACCCCAUCAAACCUCCAUAA